CUCCCCACUGAAUAACUGCCAAGUUGCUUUAGUUUCUAUUCCUCUGUUAGGUCCUCCCCAGUGCAGAGGACGGUCUGGCCAGUGUUCAAAGCAGUGGUGACCACAGAGGCAGUGAAGAGAUGGCCUUCAGCGGUGCCCAGCCUCCUUACCUGAACCCAAUCGUCCCCUUCACCGGGACAAUCCAAGGGGGUCUUCAGGAUGGACUUCAGAUUACUGUCAGUGGGACUGCUUUUUACUCCGGUGGAACCAGGUUUGCUGUGAACUUUCAGACUGGCCGCAGUGACAAUGACAUCGCCUUCCACUUCAACCCACGGUUUGAAGAGGGCGGGUAUGUGGUCUGCAACACCAAGCAGAAGGGAAGCUGGGGGCCUGAGGAGAGGAAGAAGCAAAUGCCCUUCCAGAGGGGGAUCCCGUUUGAGCUCUGCUUCCUGGUGCAGAGCUCGGAGUUCAAGGUGACGGUGAACGGGAACCUCUUUGUGCAGUAUGAACACCGCGUGCCCUUCCACCACGUCAACACCAUCUCCGUCACGGGAGCCGUGCAGCUGUCCUAUGUCAGCUUCCAGAACACCCACGUGACUCCCAUGCAGCCCGCCCACUCCAGGGUGCAGUUCUCCCAGCCAGCCUGUUUCCCACCCAAGCACAAGGGGCGCAAACCGAAAUCUCCAGGGAUCUGGCCAGCCACUGCGGCUCCCAUGACUCAAAGGUUCGUCCACACUGUGCAGAGCACCCCUGGACAGAUGUUCCCUCAGAAUCCCAUGAUCCCACCUAUGGCGUAUCCCAACCCAGCAUAUCCGAUGCCGUUCUUCACCUCCAUCCCAGGGGGGCUGUACCCCUCCAAGAGCAUCAUCGUGUCGGGCACCAUCCUGCCCUGCGCUCAGAGGUUCUAUAUCAACCUGCGCUCUGGGAGCAACAUCGCUUUCCACCUGAACCCCCGCUUUGACGAGAACGCCGUGGUCCGCAACACGCAGAUCAACAGCUCUUGGGGGUCUGAGGAGCGAAGCCUGCCCCGACAGAUGCCCUUCUUCCGGGGCCAGAACUUCUCGGUGUGGAUCAUGUGUGAAAGCCAUGGCCUCAGGGUGGCUGUGGAUGGUCAGCACCUUUUUGAAUACUACCACCGCCUGAAGAACCUGCCCGCAAUCAACAGCCUGGAGGUGGGCGGUGACAUCCAGCUGACCCACGUGCAGACAUAAGUGAUCUCUGGGCCUGGGGAUGAGGGCUGGGCCCUGUUGCUGCCUGGACCUGUUCAUCACCCCUAACCUGCCCAGCCCUGGCCCUGGCCCCUCCCAGCCUGCUGAGGACCUGGGGCUUUGCUGGUGAGACCACAGCCCCAUCUGGCUCUGCUCUGGUGGCAGCCAGCCUGGAGCAGAGAGGGCAGCUGGCUAGGACUACCUUCCUCAGUGGGGCAGCACCCAGAUCCUAAAGGGGAGGAGUGGUCCGUGCAGGUGGGCCCCAAGUUCAGUUCCCUCAGCAGAAAGGGAGGGGCCUGGCCUUCCCCAGCCCCCAGCCUAGGCCUGUGCCUCACCUGCCUCUCAACCACAUCACCAACCCCCAUUCAAGUCCACCCAGCUCCAAGUCACCAGCUGUCACUCCACGUGGCAGGGAGUACCCUUGGCCCCUCCCCUUUCUCCAACCUUUGACCUCUUCUUGUACCCUCUGGAAAAGCUACCCUGAUGACACCCCACUGACAGGAGUCUUCUCAGCAGAGGGUUCUCCCCUUUCCCCAUGUCCUUCAAAUAAAGAAAAAUGCUUGUCGGCACCUA